CUUUGUCAUCCAAAAAAAGACUAAAAUUCACAAAGUCACAAAGACUUUGUGAAUUUUAGUCUGACAGCUGGUUGUUUUCGUAAAGACUGAAGAGUGAAGCUGUCAUUUUGCUUAUAGUGUAGAUCCCCAUACCGUACCGCUGCUAUAGAUCAUUGCACGUUCCUGAUGUCGCGUAUAUGUUGGUAAGCACCAUGAACGCAGCACCACGCUUCUUCCGCGAGAUGUGGUCGGGUGCACGGGAGAUCAACUACGGCAACACGGUGCUGGUGCAGCGCGACGGUGGCCAAUGGUGGCUGGGAUCGAUACGUGCAGGACGUCCGCGGUCCGGAUUUCCUCGUUGAUUUCGACGCCAGCACCGUGGCGGCCGAAUGGAUGCCUUCCAGCCGCGUCUGGCCGCAUCACUCCCGGCCCCGCUAUAAUACUGUGGAGCCAUACGUCCAUACCGUCGUGCAGGUAGCCCUCCGGGAGCGCCCGGGUGGACCGCUGGUCUUCCGUCCUGCCAGCGGCUUGGCGCACUUGGGCGUGUACCUGGCUGUAUGCCUGGAUGAUAAAAACCCGGAGGACUGUUUCUUCGUGGAAAGGAGUCUGUUCGUUGACUGCCUGCCCGUGCUGGAUGAUGGACAGAGUUUUUUUGAACGCACGGAUGGUUUGACAUACACGAAGCACGUGAUCCCCGUUCCUGCCGAAGGCCUGAUUCGCGAUGUCGAUCAUCUACCGGUCUUCGUGGGCCGGGCAUGCCAGUUCCGUCUGGGCAGUGCUGAGCGUCUGAUGGGUAGUUCGCCUUGGAGGCGGGUGCACGGUGGUGCCACGCCGUUCUACGCCGUUCCCGCGUUCCCGGCACCCGUUGCGGGGGAGGACCACCUGGAGUAUCAAGGUGUCGAUGUAUCUCCACGUGUGUUUGUGCGAGCGGGAGCGGACACUAUAACGUUCGUCUGUCUGGAGCUACACAAUGCGGCAACCGGGCGCCGGAUGUCUUGGACUGAGGAAGCUCUCCAGAAGGCCUGCGACCGUUAUCUCCGCCAGCAUCCAGUUCCAGUGGAUGGCAUCGGCGCCGUACCGAGGCAGCUAGAAUACGAUCCUUCCGGUGAAUGCUCACCAGGUGUGGAAGAAUUGUCCAUUAAGGAUUUAUGGAUUCCGAUCCUCGCGUUGAUCCUAACCGGUGUCGAUGUGGACAGUCAGCGACGUUUUUCCCGGGUUUGUACGUUAUGGAGAGAGAUGGUGCGGAUAUACGGGGAGCACAUCGUCAUUCUGGACAACGUUCAGAUGUGGCCGCAGCGGCCCUAUGCUCACGAUUACGUCAUCGAGUUCUGUUCCCGCCGCUACACACUCCUAACCAUGCUGGACCGCGCCGUCACCCGGAAAACGACAGCGCUGGUGCUGAUGGAUGACCGCGACGAAGUUCUGCGUCACCCCCGAUGGUUCAUCGGACUGGAAGAGAAAAUGAAGACAGUCACAACGGUACUGGAUAUCAAGCGAAUUCGCUUGUCCUUGAUCGUGGUGCGGUACAAAGCUGUGAUGACUGCAGAUGCAGGGGGUCAGUUUCUGGUCAUCGAAGCCGAAAGCGACGACAAUGAGGCCGUCAAUAUCGCCGACGAUCAGUACACCGUGCGCGCGGUGUCCGCCGUGAUGGGCGUAUGCGACCAGCUGGUCCUGAUAAACUAUCCGGCGUCGCAGUCCAUCAUCUGUUCCACGUGGAGGCGGAUGUCCUCCCGCACCGACGAGGAUCUCUUACCGGACUCCUUGAGCACCGGCUCGAGGGUGGCUACCGCCAACGAUGUGGGCGUGACCAUUCCGUUCCUGCGCUUCCGCCGCCAGGACGCCGCCACUGAACAGCGCCGAUGCUUUCUGGCCGCGGCUAACGACAGCUGUCCCGCUGUUAGUUAGGAUGUCCGCCAGAAGGUCACGGAUCUGUUUUCGCGAUGGGCGGGUACGGUGGCCGAUGACGAAUGGGCCGGCGUUCGCAAGUUUCUCCAGCUGUACACACUUCUACGUUCGCCACAAGAAGGUCGACACUCAGAUCUCAUAACCUUUAAUCAUAAUCUGAAGAUACACACACUGCAUACAGACUCUCCAGCCAACACCAUCGGAUCUGCACACAUUGCAUACAGAUUUGCAAAAAUCAAGACCAGGACUGAGGCUAAUCAACACGAGCAGAUUUCUGAUGGAAUUAGCUGUUAGAAGCUUUAGAUAAAAACAGGUUCAACAGUCUGAGACCCGGUGACGAUGCCCGGCGAUGGGAGACGCUGGAUCUGCGUCACCUGGAUGUGUCCACGCUGAACAACUUGACCUUUGCCGCCCUUAACGGAUGCUACCUGGAUGACGACGAAGAGCAAGACUAUUACGGCUAGGACGAUGGCGAAAAGGGCAGCGUUGACGAAGGUUCAGUCGGAUAGUGCCAUUGCGUGUUACGGCGUUGGUGUUGUGUUGACUUUGCGAAAACAUUCCGGUUUUUUACCUGUUUUCCUGUAGUUUGGUUACAAUUUUUCGUUGUACGGCAGGCUGCAAAGUAAAUGUAUGCGUAAUUUUGUAACUGAUGAAAGUAGCUAAAACAUUGAUUGAUCUUUUAGUUGCGAGUUAAUCAGUCUCCGAUCAGAUUAGUUCAUGAAGGUUUAAAAAUAAAUUCGCUAACGAAAACCUGCCUGCGAAUUUAAUUAUAAGUCUCCCGCGCGUUGUCGUCGAAGUAGAAUAAUCUUCGACGCUUAUUAUUUUAUCCGGUUCUAUUAAUUAGGAAACACCGCAGCACUACAACGUAGCAGUAGGGAAGUCAGGAACAAAAGCAACGAAUCGACCCGACGGUCUGCAGUUCAUACCAAAAACUACUCAUAUGCAACAGAAGCGCAUCCAAUUCCCGCAGAUCGCAGCACGGAAUCCGAGAGGAGCGUUUGUUUGCGCAGUAUGCGUUAAAACUGGGCAUCUACUUUCUUAGUCUCCAGACACUGGAAAGCUGUUAUUUAUGGGACUAUCAGUACAAAUUACGAAAGCAAGCAAUGACAUUUUGCCGGCGAGCCGAUGCAUCGGCCGAUUUGGUAUGUCCGCCGACAGUACUGCUCCGUGAAGACUGUAUCAUCGUCGUCUCCACGUGGACACAACAACACGAAGCUGCCGUCCGCAUUGGUGAGGCUGACCACGCUGAUCGGUAGAGUGUUGGCUGAAUUCAGUGACGAACCCUGCACGACAUCUCCUGUGGGUAUAGGCUCGAAUGUCCGUGUCUCCUGGUCUUCGGAUGACUCGGCGGAGUAAUCCAACUCCGAGACAGUCAAAUCGACCAAGCAAAAAGCGACCAACACACCUAUUAUUACCUGCAUGAUAU